AUGGAAUUCGCGUUACUUGCAAUAGGAGGUGGGUUGAUCGCGCUGAGCAAGAGCAAAAAUGUAGCGCAGAUGGAAAAUGCGGCGAAAAACAUCUCAAGAAACAUGGGCAAUAGCAAAGGCUUGAUGGACAACAUCACAAAACUCGUCCAGAGCCAUGAGCACGCCGGUGGCUUCAAAGAGCAAAUGGACAAAGCCGAAGCGUUAAAAAUCCUCGGCUGCCCGCUCGAUGCCGAGAAAGAUCAGAUCAACAAACACGCUCGAGUUCUGCAGCUCGCUAAUCAUCCCGAUCGUGGAGGAUCUCCUUAUAUUUCAAACAAGAUCAACGAGGCCAAGGAUUUGUUAUUGAAGAAAAAUCAAGGCGGCGUUUUCGGCGAAAAGAAGUAA